AUGUUUUAUAUGAUGUUGAGUAAAAACUUGAUUAUUGAAACGACUGAAACUGGCAAUAAAGUAGACUUGAACUAUUUGGAAGAAUGUGAAAGUCAAUCGAUGCUUAAACCGACCAAUCUCAGACAGAUUAACCUCUCGUAA